UUCUGCCCUAGGGUUUGGUGGCCCCUGAGGUGGGCUCUACCCGUUACCGGAUUCAUUUCAGUACCUGCCUUUGGGAAGCCUUGUGAAUUCCUUGGUCUCCUAGCAACGAGAGACUGGGCCGCGGCGCGGGCCAAGUCGCCCCGGCGGGAGCCAGAACCCCAGGCCUGGCCCAAACGGUUGCCGAAACACAGAGCUCUGAAGAAUAAGCAGGAAAUGGCGGACGAGGCGUUGUUUUUGCUUCUCCAUAACGAGAUGGUGUCUGGAGUGUACAAGUCCGCGGAGCAGGGGGAGGUGGAAAAUGGACGAUGUAUUACUAAGCUGGAAAAUAUGGGGUUUCGAGUGGGACAAGGAUUGAUAGAAAGGUUUACAAAAGAUACUGCAAGAUUUAAGGAUGAGUUAGAUAUCAUGAAGUUCAUUUGUAAAGAUUUUUGGACUACAGUAUUCAAGAAACAAAUCGACAAUCUAAGGACAAAUCAUCAGGGCAUCUAUGUACUUCAAGACAACAAAUUUCGUCUGCUUACUCAGAUGUCUGCAGGAAAACAAUAUUUAGAACAUGCAUCUAAGUAUUUAGCAUUUACAUGUGGCUUAAUCAGAGGUGGCCUAUCAAAUUUGGGGAUAAAAAGUAUUGUAACAGCUGAAGUGUCUUCAAUGCCUGCCUGGAUUUGAGAACUUCAGUAAAUAAGGAGGAAAGAGCACACAGAAAGAAAACAGAGGAGGUGGCUGGGUAGUGAGGCCCAGGAAAUCUACAUUUUACAUAAGGUGAGGUGAAUGUUUGGAGAGAAAAAGAGAGUAAAGGAAGAAUCAACUAUGCACAUGUCCCUGGGUAAGUAGAAGAAUGGCUGAUAGUAUCUUAUCUCUGUUCUGCACCUGGGAGGAUAAAUUUGUAAUCAGAAUUAUUUGUGUAGAAUCAAACAUGCUUUAGUUUUUGGAGCUAGACUUAGCCUGUAGACCUAAAAGUACAAUUUGCAUGUCCUUGUUUAUGGGAGGCCUGCCAGGAAUUUCCUUAUGAAUGUGUGGAAGCAGUCCUUAUAGAUGCCUGAGGUUUUUUACCUUUUUGUAGCCAUCUGGCUAAUACAUAAUGUUAAUAACGGCUAGUCAUUUGGAAGAGGAUGUUGCAUGGCUCAGCCUCCAGGCUUAAACUUCCCUUUUGCAAAAGGAGUUGUGGAGGGAUCUUGAGAUUUUUAGUUUCCUUUACAUACUCAUGAGUUCAGACUAGAACACCAGAGAGAUGUUAUCCCAUAUAUAUUAACUUGACACAGAAAAUUUAAAAUUAGAAGAAUCUGAGUAUUGCUUUUUCUACUUACUACUCCAAAAAUAGUUGGCCACUGCCUUAUUCUGUCACCAUCUGAGCAAAUGGAAGAGAAUCCGUGUUAGAAAAAACUGCAAAUGCUUCAUUAAUACUAGAAAACACAGUAAGCCUCGAAAGAAAAAGUAGAGGUUAAAGCUCCACCUGGUGGUUAACAUAUCAAAUUCCAAGUUGACAUCUUACUUCACCUAACUGUGUAGUUAGUACCAGAAUCUCUAGAAACAUAUAUGGGUUCUGAAGUAGGAAGGAAAUCACUGGCUGUUAUGUAUUAACUAAUAUUUAAGGCAAUUAAUGGUGGAAGACAAAGUCUUUCGCAGGAUGUUUAGAAUACUUGCCCCAACAUAGUCCCUGGAGAAAAAGUUCCAAGGUUUAAUAUCUUUGAGAAAUGAUCUUAAAUUCCAUCUUGCAGAUUCACAAUGAGUAUUGUCAUAUUAAAACCCCUGACAAGUCUAGAGACCAAUUUUACAUAAUUUAACUUAGUGUUUUCUGACUUUAUUUGACCAUAGAACCUUUCCCUCUCUCUCUUUUUAAUGUAUGGUGUUUUGAGAAAUGCCAGUUUGAGGAAAUAAUGAUAUUAAGGGCAUUGGCUUUAAAAAAGACUUUU